AAACCUUUCAUUUUAAACAAUAUAAUAGCCAAACCUUUUCAAAAACAAUAUAAUAUCCAAAUCGUCAACUUUCUGUCUGUUUGACCGUUAAUUGACACUUCAAAAAAGUUCGAAGUACGCACUUCAUCAAUAUCCAUGGAUAUCUUCUCUGAAAACCACAAACAUAUUGUAGUUCCAAACCCGAGAAGUCCAUGACUCCACCAUGAUGGUAUAAAAUAUCUAAAUAUUCAGUCAUCUGCAAUGCCAAAACAAGCAAACAAAGCUGUAUUGUGACAAUUUCCCCUAAACAAAGCUUUUUUGAAGUGUCAACUAACGGUCAAACGAACGGAAAGUUGACGAUUUGGAUAUUAGAUUGUUUUCGAAAAAAGUUUGGCUAUUAUAUUGUUUAAAAUGAAAGGUUUGGAUAUUAAAUUAUAUUUAUCCAAAAAUAUAAAUAAUCAAAUAUAAACAUUCCGACCAACGGGACGAGUUAUAAACUAGUAACUUGUAUCGUAGAAGUAUAAGUUGGAGGGUUUAACCGGUUAAAACUUAAAAUUAAACGUGAUGGAGUAAAAGUAAAACUGUAAAAGCGCCAAAAUUAUGAUUAACCCAAAAAUUCAAAUUAUUUAUCUUUCGCUCCUCUCUUUCCCUCCCGCUGCGCUGAUCACCUUCCCGCCACAUGACAUCCCUUGCUAUUUUAAUCCAACUUUUCUUCCAUUCUCUACCGUCUAGUCUACCCUCUCCAAAUUCACUGUGUCCCUAUUGGGCAUUGGCAGCUACAGAAGAAUACAGAGAGGCGGAGCGCCAAGAACCAAUUCCCCUCCCUCGAUUCCAUUCCCAGCGCCUCCACCUCAGGUAACUGCUCCAUGCUCAAACGAAGCUAUAGCCGAAACUUGGGCUUUCCUCUCCUCUGAUUCCGUCCGUUCGCAGAAAGGCCGCCUUCCCUUGUUGCUAGUUCAACUUUUGAGUUUAGUUCUGAAUUCUGUUUCUCUAACGCCCCUGGACAGAUUCUAACCCUAAUUUUUUGCUCUGCCAGCACGCCCACUUUCAAUCGUUUUCUGCCAACACCCAAAUCCACACCAUCACAUCUAUUUGUCAAGAAACUAAUCCUGGUAAUUGCUCCUUCCCUUCCUUCCCUUCUGUUACUAGUGAUCCGGGUUAGGGGCGUUCUGUUUCCUUCUCUUAAUUCUUGCCGCAGUUGCUUGUCCUUAGGGAAAUGAAUGUAUCUAAAUGAAUGGUAUUUCCUCACCAAUAGCAACAGUCCCCCUUCUUCAUUCCCGGCCCAUGAAAAGGAAAUCAACAUUAUGCUACUUGUAGUUAUGCUAUCUUAAUCAGCAACCCAUAGGAGGAUUCGAUUUUCAGGUUAUCAAAUAUGUUUGAUUGGCUAGGAAGUUGGGUUUCUCCCCACUGGUUUUGCCAGAAGAAGUAAUACAUAUUUGAGAACAAUCGAUAUGGUGUCCGGAACCACCCGCUGCGCUGAGUGUGAUGGAAGCAACUUUGAUGAUUCUAAGAGCAAUGAUGGCACUUUCAUAUGAUUUAUAUUUCCCAUUUAUCAUUGCAUUAGAUGCUUCUCUGUCGGUUUCAUUACUCACCCUGUGAUUGGAUUGUCUCUUGGUUAACUUUUUGUAGUGGUAAUGGAAAGCCCCAGCAAGUCGACGCCUCAUCCCUUUUCACUGCAAGAAGAAAUUGCAGACAAUUUCGAUGAAAUAAACAGCAGAGCGGAGGCGAUUCCUUCCGAAGCCGCUUGGGUUGCAAAGAAGAGGAAGAGGUCUGAUAUCUGGGAUCACUAUGAUGUGGUGUUCGUUGAAGAAGGGAGCCCCAAAAAGAGAGUUCAAAAGGGCAAAUGCAAGCGCUGCAAUUCUUUGAUUGCUGCAGACUCUCAAAAGAAUGGCACGUCUGCUCUAAGGAAGCAUGAUGCUACAUGUAGGAAGAAGUUUAAUGAUCAAGGUGCUCCCUGUACUGCCAAGAAGAAGGUUACCAAACAAGGUGGUGGUGGGAAGCCGCUGGACAAAGGUCAAACGAUCUUGAAAUAUUUCAGUCCGGUUUCGGUGGUUCGGCUUUGACAUUGACUCUAGGUUGUGUCCACUCCAGUUGCGAUUGACGGAAAUUUUGGGUUGGGGUUAGUUUGAACCAACCGGUUCCUUGUGUUGCGGUAUGGUAGUAGUACGUAGUUGUGUAGAUUAGGAUUAGUGUAGUUUUGCAGGGAGCAGUAAAAAUAGUGGGAGUUUGUCUAUAACCUAUCCUCCAAUCUUGAAGGAAUGAUCAGAAUUCAGAUGUUUUUGAUAAAUUUUUAGUUUCACUUUUUUGUUUGUUAAUUCGGAUAGUUAUCACCCGAAUCCCACCAGCCCUCCUUCGAGACCAACGCCACAACCAUGAAACGAAUAACCAAUAUAGGGGAUGUGAAUAGGAAUUCUGAGUCAAGAGCUACAAUGAAAACAGCCUGGUGCU